AUGCCUGUCAACCUGGAAAGCCAGGAAGCCAGCGAAGAAGAGCAAGAAAGAUACCGGCAGCUUCGUGAGCGGCUCACGGGUCUGGACAAUCAACGGCAGCAACGGCAACGGCGCCUUGACCAGUUGCAGCAUCUUCGUCGAUUACUCGAGCCAUUGAAAGAUCCAAAGGGUGACAUUCAACCUAAUCUUAUUACGAAGGAUGGGGAACUUGUUCAAGAAUUGGAGAAAAUGCGCAUGCUCGUAGCCAGAGUUGGAGGCCGGAUCGCACAACAGAGAAAAAGCAGCGGUGCCCUUGAAACUUAUGAUUAUUCACUUCCGGGCUCUGAUCAGAGAUUGGAAGCCCUGUUGGAUAUGUCUUGA